AUGCUCAAAGGAAUAUAUUUGAGAGAACAUUUAUGUGGCCAAUAUAAAAAGACUAAUUACUUUUGUGUGAGAUAUUUUUCUAUUUUACAAAGAUAUAUAAAAGCAAGGCCACACUCUCAUGAAUUGAAAGUAAAUGAAACAGAUAUAAAUGAAGAGAAAAAAGAAGAAGAUAGUAAAAGAAAAAGAGGAGAGAGUAAAUAUUAUGCACCUAAUAUUACUAGAGGGAUAAUACCAAAAUGUGCUUAUAUGAAUACAUGGGAAAUGCCUGAACAACCAGAAAAUGCACAGUUUCUUAAAAUAGCACUAAUAGGUGCUCCAAAUGCAGGAAAAAGUUCCUUAUUAAAUUCCAUAUUGAAUAAAACCAUUUCAGCUGUUUCACCAAAAAUUAAUACUACAAAAUAUGAUAUAAAAGGUAUAUAUAGUAAGGAUAAUGUUCAGUUGAUAUUUAUUGACUCUCCUGGUAUUAUUCCUUCUCAUAAAAAAAAAAAAUUCUGCAAGGAAUUAGUUACAUAUGCAUGGAAAGGAUAUGAAGAAGCAGAUUUGGUUUUGUUCAUAGCGGACGCGGUUAAAAGGCCAACACAUGAUAUCUUAAAUAUUGUAAGAAUGUUGGCCCCCAAAAAUGUAGAACCAUAUGAUAGCGAAAGUGAUGACGAAUCAUUUCAAAAUAAUAAAAUAAAUGAUAAUAGACAGAAUAUUACCAAUACAGAGUCAUCUAAUGAUCCAUUAGAUUAUAACACACAAAAUAUAGAUUAUAUGAACAAUGCAGAUAAUAGAACAGAAGAUGAAAAUAAUAUUUCUCAUAUAAAAUAUGAUGAAAUGAAUAGAGAAGAAAAGUUUAUAAAAUAUUUUAGUAAAGAAAUGGAUAAGGAUUUACAAUAUUCUGAUAAAAGUAUAAAAGAGAAUUUAUUUAAAAGUCGAAAAGUAAUAAGAAAUUCUUAUUCUGAUAAUAUUAAAAAUAAUAUAACAAUUGAUCAUAAUAAUGAACAAGAAAAAUUACAUAAAACAAAAAAAAAAAAUGAUUUUAUACCACCAGUAAUUUUAGUUUUAAAUAAAGUCGAUUUAUGUACUCAUAAUAAAUGGGCAAAUGCUAGAGCAAAAGAAUAUAUGAAUAAUGGAAUAUUUGAUAAUAUAUUUUUCAUAUCUGCUAAAUAUAAUAAAGGAAUUGAAGAAUUAUUAAAUUAUAUUAUAAAGUAUAAAACAAAAAAUCAAUAUUGGGUAUAUCCAAAAGAUGCUAUUACAACAUUAAGUAAAGUACAAAUUGUUGAACAAUUAAUCAAUACAUAUAUAUAUUGCUGGUUUAAUAAGGAUGUCCCAUAUAAAAUUAAACAUCAUAUGUUAUCAUGGUGUGUAAAUUUGGAUAAUUCCUUAAUCAUUGAAUAUCAAAUUAUUGUAAAAAGUGAAAAAGUAGCUAAAAUGAUAUGUGGAGUGCAUAAUAAAUUAAUUAUAAAUAUGAGAAAAAAUGUAUCCUACAAAUUAACCAAAUUAUGGAACAAAAAUGUAUAUGUGCACAUUCACGUAAAGUCUAUGAGUACAUGA